UGGCGUUGCUUAGAGGUGUGUGUGAAAGCGGCCGGCUCCGGUGUGAAAGCGUCCAACGGUAUGUCGGAAUUCAGUCGUCAAAACGAGAAUAAUAAUUUUAAAAAAAGGAUGUUCGCUGUAUAGUUAUAUGAUAUUGAGGGACAAUCAGGGGGAAAAUCGAGCGAUUUCUUGAAGGAGGAGCGACAGCUGCGUUGACUGACAGAGCAUCAGUUUUUGAAACGGAGAGGAUGUACAGGUGGUGUGAUGCCAUCUAACACAGAAUGUGAUAGUAAAAUUAAUGGACUGAAAACUGUCAUUUAGUUAUGCUACUACACCUUUGAAAGCAAAUAUCUCCUCCGUCGUCAAGGCGAAGAUGCUGAAGACGGAGGCUUCAGCAGAGAGGACCACCUUGAGGAGUGCCUCUCCGCACAGGAAUGCCUACAGAGCAGAGUUCCAGGCUCUCAAGAAGGCCUUUGACCAGCCGAGACAGGAUGGCGACACGAAGAGCAAAGAUCCUGAGCGGAUCCGGCAGCCCCGGGGUCGGCAGUAUGGGGCACACGUCAGCCGGAUCAAGGACAUGUUCAUGCAGAUGGGCACUGAGAGCACAGGUUCUGGAAGGCCUAGAGGAAGAGAUGAGACAUCUCCACAGAAACUUACCAAGCCGACCAAUUUCAUUAACCGGGCAGACGGCUCAGUGAUCAAACUUCAGCAUGCUGAGAGAGGUGGCAACUCAAAGUUCUCAGAGACAAGGAAACUCUUUGAGCAGAGCUCCAGGGACACAUCUCAGUCUCCUGUGUACUCAUAUGGCAAAGAUAAGAGGGGUUCUCAUGAGCAUUUGGAUGAUUGGAGGGGGGCACGUUCCAAUAGGGGCAGCACAGACUCCUUGGACAGCCUUUGCUCAAGAACAGAGGCAUCUUCACCAACAGUCAGCCAGCUUAGUGCUGUGUUUGAGAAUUUAGACCAUCAAGGCGCGGGCUCCACUUUCCGCAGAAGUCACGUAGCUGGUCGAGCUCUGUAUUCGCCAGAUAGCUCAUUAAGACAAGGGGAUGGCAGUGAGGAUGAUACCAGCCUUCGUCAGUCUCCACCUCGAAGUGUGUCCAGGACACGUGUUGGAAGCAAGCACACUCUUCCAGUUUCAUCUUCCUCAGAAGACCUUCUCAGUCCUAGCCCUUUGUCUGAGCAGGCAAAGACCAUUGAGGAGAAUAUGGUUCAGGAGAGGACUGUGCCAGAACAUGAGGAUGUAGAAAUUAGCAUGGCUGUAGAUGGAUCUUGUGAGCACAAGCAGGUUGAAGAUGCUGUUGGGGGCUGCACAAACUCUACUCAAGUCAAUGACACUGCAGUGUAUGACAAACCACAAAAGGAUACAUCUGAUUCAGCUGACAUCAAGGUUCGAAAGGAAGUAAAUGAGUCUAAAGAUGAGGCGAGCCGGAUAACAGCUAAUCACAUGGAGGAGCCUAAUGAGGAAUACUGUGGCAAUGAGAGGGUUAUUUACAAUGCUGAUGGAGAUGCCUGCUAUCAGGGCUGGGGAGAGAGCUGCACCGACAUGGAGGAUGAUUUGUAUGGGGAUGAUGAUGGUAACUAUGAUCCCGGAUCAGAGAUCACCGAAAUUCCUGGCCUUCCCGAGGAGAUAAAAGAAGACGUUCCUCCAAACCGGAAAAUACGGUUCAGUACUGCCUCGAUAACGGUUUUUAAUACCUAUUCAAAUGAGGAUUACGAUCGCAGGAACGAGGAGGUGGAUCCUGUGGCAUCCUCAGCGGAGUACGAACUGGAAAAGAGAGUGGAAAAAUUAGAACUUUUCCCAGUUGAGCUGGAAAAGGAUGACGAUGGCCUGGGGAUCAGCAUUAUUGGCAUGGGUGUGGGUGCCGACGCAGGCUUGGAGAAACUGGGGAUCUUUGUCAAGACUGUUAUUGAAGGUGGAGCAGCAGAGAGAGAUGGAAGGAUUAAGGUGAAUGAUCAGAUUGUGGAGGUCGAUGGUACCAGCCUGGUGGGUGUGACCCAGAGCUUUGCUGCCUCAGUUUUGAGAAACACCCAAGGUGUGGUCAGGUUUGUGAUUGGCCGGGAGCGUCCAGGGCAGGAGAGUGAGGUAGCUCAGCUGAUCAGUCAGACUUUGGAACAGGAGAGGCGUCAAAGAGAGAUGAUGGAGCAGCAGUAUGCACAGUAUGAUGCUGAUGAUGAUGAGACGGGAGAGUAUGCCACUGACGAGGACGAGAACGUGGGAACCGGCAGGGCAGAAAAAGACGUAACCAUUGAGGUGUUCGACUUGCCUGAAAACGAAGACCUUAUUUCACCAUCGGAGCUGGAUGCUACCAAACUCUACCAGAAAUUCAGAGAGCUACAGAUCAAGCACAGUGUCACUGAGGCUGAGAUCCAGAAACUCAAGAGCAAGCUGGCAGCAGUGGAGAAAGAGAAGGCCCGCUGGGAGCGAGAGAGAAGCCAACUGAAGCAGAGCAUUGAAGAUAAUAAGGAAAGGAUGUUAAAGCUGGAAAGCUACUGGAUCGAGGCUCAGACACUGUGCCACACUGUCAACGAGCACUUAAAGGAGGCUCAAAAUCAGUACCAAACUUUGGAAAAGAAAUACAACAAGGCCAAGAAACUGAUCAAGGAUUUCCAGCAGAAGGAGGUAGAGCUUGCCCAGAGGGAAGAGGCAGAGAAGAAGAGACUUGAGGAUGUGGAAAAGGCUCAUUUAGCUGAGAUCCAUGGGCUACAAGUGAGGAUUGCAACGCUGGAGUCGGAGCUGAUGCAGCUGAUGAAACAAAACGGCAUCCAGGUAAACAACAACAACAACAAUGAUGUCAACAGCUGCACACAACCAAGCGAGAGAGGUGCUGCGCCGCAGGGUGCCGAGAGACAACUUACUUUAGGAGACGAGAGUGACCUGGUGAAGGGUCAGACGCAGAUGUUUGGACCCUCCACAGGCAUAGGAGACAGCAACAGCUCUACUGAGGCUGAGGACGGCCUCCAGAAGAGGAGUUCUCCCAUUCUCUCCACUGUUAUACCCAAGUCCUUGGCCCCCAGGGUAACUGAGAGUGAGGGUCCUCCAGUGGUUUCAAGUGGCCAUUUCCAAGUUCAAGAUGAAAAAUGCAGCAAGAAGCUAAUGGACUUGGGCUCCCCAGACCCACCAGCAAUGAAACCCAACAUAGGGAAAGACACAAACAAGGCUUCGGACGAUGUCAGUGUGAGCAGCUCCAGCUCAGGAGAGAUGUGGGGUUUGGUCACUGAGCCCAAGUUGACUAGCCGCUCACACACAUUAGUGCUCUCUUCAGAUGAGAGUCUGGAUACAAGUGAUGAUGAGAUCCAGGAUGAAGGGCAGCCUUUGAAGCAACACCAGUGGCAGAAUCGCAGUGUGCAUGACUGGUCGUAUCAGCAGGUGUGUCUCUGGCUCAUGGGCCUGAACCUGGAGCAGUACAUCCCUCAGUUCACUGCCAAUAACGUGGAUGGAGCGCGGCUCCUGCACCUUGACAACGAUGCACUUAAAGAUCUAGGUGUAGCCUCGUCUCAGGACCGUGCUGUGUUUAAGAGGAAGCUGAAGGAUCUGAAGGUGCUGAUGGAGAAGGCUCACAGGAACAAGGAAAAGCUGCAGAAGCAGUCUGGAAAAACAUCGCAAGAAAGAACUGAAGCAAGUGUAGAAAAAGUGCCGCACGACCUCUGAGCCAGGAAACCAUACCGCAGAGUGUCGGGCAUUCAAUCAUUAAAAUAACUGGGAAUGAAAGAUGAGUCUAGUCUUUUAUAUUACUCUAGACUGGGAGACCAUUUAGCGGACAUCAGAAUCUCACUGGAGGAGGUACUGCUACUGAGCUGCCACUGGAAAGAAUAAACCAAACCGUCCUGAAUAACUGAUCCUAUUAACUGUUAUUUUAAUUGUUUUUCAUUUUUUUCUGACAGAUUUAAAAUGCUUGUUCAUCUGAGAAGUGUUUAUUUAUUUGCAUUUUAGCCUGAAAUGACUUAACAACAGUUCUAAGAUUUCAAGCACCUUUAAAAAAAAAAAAAAAAUAUAUAUAUAUAUAU